AUGUCUUCAGCAAAACUUCGUAUAUUAAAACAGAAUUCUGGGAAACUCGAGAAAGCAGAAAUCCUGGAAAUGACAGUGCAGUAUCUGCGCGCGCUCCACUCUGCAGACUUCCCGCGCGGGAGAGAAAAAGGAGAACUGCUGACAGAGUUUGCGAAUUACUUUCACUACGGCUAUCACGAGUGCAUGAAGAACCUCGUUCACUAUCUGACCACCGUGGAGCGAAUGGAGACCAAAGACACCAAGUACGCACGGAUCCUCGCCUUUCUGCAGUCCAAAGUCGUUACCGAGCCCGUGUUCGGCUCGUUAGGUACCAUCUCUCCAGACCCUACGGACCUUCUGUGUCAGCUGGAGUACCAGAGUCCAAGUCCAUCCGAGUCAGUGUUUCAGCAGAGCCCUCCCGGACACUUUUCCUGGCACAGCUCGGCGCGGAACCCCACGCUCGCGUACCCAGCGAUGUCUCAGCACAGCGGAUACUUGUCACCGGUUCAGGGACUCGAUCACCAUUACAUGAACUUCAUCGGGCACUCACACCCACACAAUGCCUUCAGCUUACACAAUGCACAACACGCUGCUCUGUAA